CUGCUUAGUUUGCCGGAACGUGGUUUAGGCUCUAUUCGGAGAAAGUUUGGGUUUGUCUCCUUCCCUUUCGGAGGCAGAGCAGCCGCCGAAGCAGUGGGGCAUGGCGAGGCCUUUGUUGCAUCCAGGCCCACCGAUGUGGAUAUUCAGAAGAACAUGGAGUUGGAGAAGUUUUUGGCGGACUCGAGACUCCAUGAGAGCGUUGAAGGAGCUUCCAAGAGGGAGGAGGUUCUAGAUAGCCUAAGAAACAGUAAUAAUGGGUGUUGUGUAGGACCUGAAAUCGACAAAAAUAUGUACCUUCUGGAGGAAUCUCUGGAUGCCGCCUUCACUGUUCAUACUGAUAGUAGACAG